CAUCAAUUAGGUAUUGACAACACUCAAGCUCCAAGACGUUACGAGGAAAAUCGACAAAAGAACUUUCUUUCUUUUCCAAUAUUCCUUAGCUGCGCCUCAUAGUAGUUUUGGAUUUUUGUCACGAAUAUCACCUUUCCCACCCACAACCCCCCCCGUUAAUCCCCUUCCCCACAAUGGCGUCCGACAAGGUCGAGGUCGCCGACGAGAACCGGCUGAGGAAGGAGAAGAAGAGCAAAGACAAGGCCGACCGGAAGGAGAAGAAGGACAAGAAGCGCAGCGAGUCCGAGGGCGUCCACAAGGACAAGAAGGACAAGAAGAAGGACAAGAAGAAGCAGGACAGGCUCGUUCAGGCCCUCGACGCCCACCUCCAGGCCGAUGUGGCUGCCUCGGCCGGCCUCAAGGACGACGUCGACCCCGAGGACCUGGUGAAGCCUGCCGACGAGCUGGUUCCAUUUGCGCUGCCGCUCGCGGAUGAGAAGGCGCACAAGAAGAUCUUCAAGCUGAUCAAGAAGGGCGCCAAGCUCAAGGCGAUCCACCGCGGCGUCAAGGAGUGCGAGAAGGCCAUCAAGAAGUGCCCACUCAAGAAGGCCUCGUCGGCGGGGCAGUCGCCGCCGGGGCUCGUCGUCAUCGCGGGCGACAUCUCCCCCAUGGACGUGAUCAUGCACUUCCCGAUCCUGUGCGAGGAGCACGGCGUCCCCUACGUCUUCGUGCGCUCGCGCGCCGACCUCGGCGUCGCUGCCUGCACCAAGCGCGCCACCAGCGUCGUCAUGCUCCGGCCCGAGGGCAAGAAGGCCGGCCCCAACGCGAAGAAGGGCGCCGCCGAGGACGAGGAGAUGGCCGAGGGCGAGGACAAGAAGGUCAGCGCCGAGGAGUACCUCGGCGCUUGGCGCGACCUCGUCAAGCUCGCCGAGAAGCAGUGGACCGUCCAGGUCGAGCCGUGGGUCAAGGGCGUGCAUCCGCUGCAGCUGGCGGGGAGGGAGAACGGUGGUGUCGCCUAGGAGAUCUUCUCUGGGGGUUGAGGGGCGCUCGUCCGUCCUCCUGGGCCUGACUCGGUGCUGCCUUUUGUUUGGAGGUCCGCGACAUGAGGAGCUCUUGCGAAGUAUCAAGAGCUUUUUCGUCGCCAUGUCAGCUCUUGCUUCCGGCACUUUUCCAUCUUUUGUUUUCACUUUUCCGUCUCAGGUUCACUUUGGCUCUUUCUCUGUAUAUGGACGGCGUUUGUUGGUUUUGUUCUUGCAUAGGUACCUAAGCAGGGUAGACGGGUUGGAGGAGCCGAAAACCCUUAGGAGCAGGAGAAUUAAAACAG